CUUCAACCACUGGUUUGAUGGAAUGGCCAUGAUGCACUGCUUUCAUAUUGCUGAAAGUCAGGUGACCUACAGGAGUCACUUCCUGUGCAGUGACACCUACAAGCAGAACAGUGAGAUGAAUCGAAUCGUGAUGUCUGAGUUUGGCACUCUUGCUCUCCCUGACCCAUGCAAGAAUAUCGUCCAGCGCUUCCUAUCUCAUUUUGAGAGGAUGAAGAUCUCGGACAACGCUAACAUGAGCCUUGUGAAAUACAAAGGUGACUACUAUGUCAGCACAGAGACAAACUUUAUGCACAAAAUUGAUCCGGACACUCUAGAAACAAAAGAGAAGGUGGACUGGAGCAAGUUCAUUGCUGUUAAUGGUGCAACUGCCCACCCCCAUGUUGACCGAGAUGGUACGGUCUACAACAUGGGCAACUCCUACAGCAUGAAAGGAGCUUUAUACAACAUUAUCAGCGUGCCUCCAAAGAAUGAAGAUCCUGAUGGAACACUCCAUGGGGCAAAGGUGCUGUGUUCCAUUUCUCCUGCUGAAAAAAACAAGCCUUCCUAUUACCAUAGCUUUGCCAUGUCGGAGAACUAUGUGGUGUUCAUUGAACAGCCAAUAAAGAUGGACCUAUUUAAGAUAGUGACAUCUAGAAUGAGGGGGAAAAGCAUAAAUGACUGUAUCUACUGGGACCCAAAACAAGAGACUGUCUUCCAUGUUGUAAACAAACAUACUGGGAAGGUGAGUGCAGUGAAGUAUCACACCAAGGCUUUAUCCACCUUUCACCAGAUCAAUGCAUUUGAGGAGGAUGGCUUCCUCAUAGUAGAUAUGUGCUGCUCAGAUGAUGGCCAGGCCCUUAAAAUCUACUUUCUUCAGAACUUACGCAAGUCAGGAAAAGCAUUGGAUGAGGUGUACAACAACUUAUCCAUGUCAUUUCCUCGCCGGUUUGUUCUGCCUCUAUGCAUUACCAAUGAUACUCCACUGAACCAGAACCUGAACACACGGACAAACAGCUCUGCUUCCGCAGUCUGCCUCAGCAAAGAUAAGGUGUUCUGCAUGUCCGAAAAUCUGCAUGACAAUGAACUAUUGGAUUAUGGGGGGUUGGAAUUUCCUCACAUUCACUACGACAGGUGCAACACCAAACCAUACCGCUAUUUCUAUGGCUGUGGCUUUGGCCACCUUGUGGGAGACUCGCUGAUCAAGAUGGACCUGGAGACUAAAAAGCUCAAGGCAUGGUAUCAGUCAGGCCUCUAUCCAUCUGAGCCUGUGUUCGUCCCCUCACCUAAUGCAGAGGAAGAAGAUGAUGGAGCCAUCCUAUCUGUUGUCCUCACACCUACUGAGGAUAAAGGUACAUUCCUGCUGGUUCUGGAUGCUAAGACGUUUGAGGAACUAGGAAGAGCUGAAGUGCCUGUUAACAUUCCAUAUGGCUUCCACGGGACGUUCAGCUCCUCAGUAUAGAACAAAUUUCAUCCAAUGCCACCACAAGAAACUCUGGCGAAGUUAUAAGUUUAUCUUUUCACUUAAAAGACUUUUUUUUUUUUUUUUUUUUUUUUUUGCUGUUGGCUAGCAUGGUUUGGAUCCACUUGACCCUUUGAGCAGGUGUGUCAAACUGAAAUUCUGGGCCAUGUCAGCAUUUUUGUCAGCUUUUGAAAGGUCAUAAACUAAUGCUAUUCAUUUUAAAAAUAUUAUUAUUAUCUAUUAUUAUCUAUGAAUGAAUAUCUACAACCUAGGCUCUGAAACGACAGUAUACUAGGGUGUUUAUUGGGCGAAAAAAGGUCUAACAGAAACUAUUAAACUGUAUGUAUAACAUUGUUUUGCACUGCACUGUGCAUAGCUGCACUGUGAUGACGGUCAUAAAAGGUCUACAAAUUUAUCAUUAUUAGUUCAUAUUUAAUCACCUAAACAUCAAAUAUAUAAGAUCUCAUGUUCCCAUAUUACUAAGAUGUUAUUUCAUUUUAAUCAUUUUAGUAAAACUGCCAUAAAUAUAAUAUUAUCCUAGUGGUUAUGGUAUGCCAUGGAAUUUCCCAUACAGCCAGCCUAGAACUCCCCCAGUUACCCAGACCACUACAGCUACUAGAACUACAUACCCUAUUAAAAGAAUUAGAUUGGUUGCUUUGAAUUAUUAAAAAUAAGUUCAUGCCAUCACCACUUGCUGAAAUUUUAAAUUUAACUUAAAAUUGAGCUUGCCAGACUUUGCAACUAAAUUAUACAUACCACACUGUGAUUUUUUUUUAGUAUACACUAUUAUGGCCAAAACUAUGUGCACAACUGACCAUCACACCAAUAUGUGCUUGAGGACCAUCCCAUUCCAGAUGUAGUCUCCUUUUGCUUUUAUAACAGCCUCCACUGUUCUGGGGAGGCUUCCACUACAUUUUAGAACGUGGUUGUGGAGUUUUGUGCUCAUUCAGCAUCAAGAGCAUUAAUGAAGUCAACCAGUGAUGUUUGUGAGAGGAGGCCUGGGGUGCAAUCAGUGUUCCAGUUCAUCCAAAAGGUGUUCAGUGGGGUUGAGGUAAGGGUUCUCUGGGUCUUCCUUGGCAAACCAUAAUUUUUUGUGUAUGCUUUGUGCAUGGGGGCACUGUCAAGCUGGAACAGGUUUGGGCCUCUUAAUUCAAGUGUGCUACAGAUCUGCUGUGAAUGCUACAUAGUGUGAUAAUGCUGAGCAGUAUUGUACAAGGGACCAUUCCACUAUAAUUUUUUGAGGUAGGGGCAGGGGGCCUUUAAUUGCCUUAGAGGGUAGGGGCACUGCGACUCAAUAUAAAGUUACAAAAUCAAAGAUACUCUUACUGACAACCUUUAUCCUAUGAUGAACAUUUUUUGCAGUGGAUUCUUCCAGGAUGAUUCCUCGACAAGCCACAAGGUACGGAAACUCAUUAAAUCCUUUGAUGAUUAUGAAUUUAUUAUGUAAAUUAUAUGCUACAGCCAUUGCUGUCAGUGAUUCUAAACCAAAUGAUCAUCUAUGGGAGAUUCGGGACUAAAAUAUUAGACAUCAAGAAACAUUGAAAUGUUCGAGUAUCCUUUCCAUAAACAUUAAAUAAACAUUUAGCUUUC